AUGGCGAUCUCUACUUAUAACGCACGUACGCUUGCAUCGGAAGCGGCCAUCGAAGAUCUGAUGAUACUGACCGAGACGAGACGACGUCACCCUCUCAACGCAGUAUAUGAAACUGGAGAAGAACUCUUCUUAGGAACAUGCGACAGUAGAGGUGUUGGUGGAGUUGGCGUCCUCGUCAACACGAGUAUAGCAAAGAACAUCGACUCUCUCGAACAACUUACGACCCGAAUCGGACGUCUGCGGAUGAAAAGAUGUGGUCCAACACCAGCUUUGACUAUCUUCGUCGCUUACCCUCCAACAUCAAGCUACGAAGAAGAAGAAGUCGAAGCUUUCUAUAUGGACCUGGAGAAUUCAACGCCAAAGUUGGCCCAAGAAGAACGCCGGAGGAACUUCACAUCUGGACCCACGGCCUACAAUGGAACGACCAAGUGGAGAGGCUCUCCAAUUCUAUACGGGAUCGGACCAUCGCCUCCUUCGAGAAAGAUUUUCCUUCACAAGAAGAGCAGAGAAAGCCGCCAAGUUCAGAGAGAGGAAUCUCAGGGUUAUCAUGAACUGGGAUCUCUUUGCUACGCUAGCCGGCUUUUGGGAAGAUUCCGCAAUGGACAACAUCGAGAGGAAUAUGACCGGCUUGUUGGACACCUUCACGACUGUGCAAAGAAGGCUGAGAGUUUUAAAACCACCAAGAGACGCCUGCCUCUUGAAAUUCUUGAGCUGAUAUGCCAGCAUGGAGCAGCACGAGCCGCAGAAAACCAAGAACUCACGUCCAAGCUCGCAAGGCUUUGCAGAAAGGCGAUAAAGGAAAAUCUUAAAGAGAGAAGAGCAGAAGUGCUGGCUGGAGCUGCAGAGGCGGGAAAAACAUCAGCUAUGCCCGUCGAGACUUUGCCAGUCGCAAGACGAGGAUGA